CUACGUCAAAGUUGUGUCGUGUAUACGAAUACACAUUUGUUAUUAACAAAUAUCAUAUUUUAUUGUUUAUUAUGUAAUAAUGUCAUUUAUAAUUAAAGGAUAAAGGAUCGAUUUGAUUAUAACCAUGAGAAACAUUAUUUAUAUAGUGUUGACAAUAUGUCAUAUAAUAAUUAAUUAUUCUCAUUGCAAAUUUCUUGAAAAUCAUCAAGUGGGAUGUUCUUCUGAUAACGGCCAUUGUGUAACUAAGGCUUACUGUGCAAAAAAUGUGGAUACAAAUCUUAUCAACAAUGUGAAACAAGCAGGUCAUGACUGUAAUCAAUCAAUUUAUACAAAUGACUAUAGUUAUACGCCGAUAUGGCUGUAUUAUAGAACUUAUGAUAGUUAUGAAAAUAUUCUAGAGAACCAGUACAUUUUUAAUAAUCUACAAAAUUAUAUAUCCAUUUUGGACAUCACGUUCAACAAUUACAAAAUAGUUCCAAAUAUCUGUAGCAUGCCGAAUUUACAAUUUUUGAACGUGUCACACAACAAAAUUAUUGCUGCAAAAUUAUACAACGCUUAUGAUCUUGAUUCUCUAAAGGAAAUUGAUUUAUCUUAUAAUAAGAUAAAAAUAAUAGAUGAUAACGAAAACGAAUAUGUUUAUAGAGGAUUAAAAAAAAUGUGGUUAUCUCAUAAUGAAUUGAUAUAUCUGCCAGAUACGGUAUUUACUAGAUUUUUUGACUUAGAGUUUUUAGAUUUAUCGUACAAUCUCAUUACUAAUUUAACUCUGUUGACAUUUGAAGGCAUAAAUAAAUUGAAAAUUUUGCAACUUUCUAAUAAUGGAAUCAUUGAUAUAAAUUCGUCGCUAUUUCGUUUUAAUACGCUUAUAGAACUGUAUCUUAAUAACAAUAAACUUAAAAAUGUUCUCGUUCGGGACUAUGAAAAUUUAAAUGAACUUGAAAUAUUAGAUCUAAGCAAUAAUUUCAUAGUAAAUUUAGAAAAAAAUGUUUUCAUUAACUUAAGUUCACUAAAACAAAUUGAUUUGAGUGGUAAUCUUUUGACAGUCAUUGACAAGGAUACUUUUUCUGGAACUACUUUGCUAAGCAGCAUUAAUCUGUCUCAAAAUGAACUAACCGUGAUACCAACUUAUCUGUUUCAAGAAAAAACGAUAUCAUUCUUUUCCAUUGAAAAAAAUAAUUUACAGGGAUCAUUAAAAAAGGGUACAUUUAUAGGCUUGAAAUUAAACACUAGAUUAGAUAUCAGUUAUCAAAGCAUUACGUCAAUCGAAGAAUUAGCAUUUUUUGGUCUUGAUGAUCUAACAGAAUUAUUAUUAAACAAUAAUAUUAUCAAAUCGUUAUCCAACAACUCUUUUAAAACUCUUAAAAAAUUGGUAAAAUUAGAUUUAUCAUUCAACCUUAUUACCCACAUUGAUUUUGACAAAACAGAUUUGCUUAGCCUUCGAUGGUUGUUAUUACAUGAUAAUCAUAUUUCGGCAAUAAAAAAAGAUAAUUUCGAGAGUUUACAAGAUUUACAGUUUUUAGAUUUAUCACAAAAUAAUAUAACAAAAAUCGAUUCUCAAUCGUUUGAAACAUUAGGAUAUGUUAAUAAUAUUUUAAUUAAUAAAAACCCAAUAAUCGGUAACUUAGAAGCGGAAACAUUUAAAGGAUUACAUUCGGUUCCCAUGCUUGAUUUGUCGUAUACUUUGUUGAAUAUCAUAAUGAAUGCUUCAUUUGAUGACAUGAUAAAUUUGAAUUAUAUUAAUAUAUCGCAUAGUAAAGUGAAGCAAUUGCAGUAUAAUACGUUUUUGAAUACGGGAAAUAUUGAAAUUCUUGAUUUGUCUUACAAUGAAAUAAAUAAAUUAAGUUUAAAUACGACCAACUUAGUUAACCUUAAGCGGCUAUUGCUCAAUAAUAAUAAUAUUAUAAUCUUGUUUGCUGAUAUAUUUAAAGGUAUGCCAUUAUUAAACGAAAUAUUGUUAUCUCAUAAUCUUAUAAAAUCUGUAGAUGACGAAACAUUUAAAUACCAAAAACAUUUAUGGUAUUUGGAUUUGUCAUUUAAUUCAGAAAUGAAAUUUAGUUUGAGUAUUCUAAAAGAAGCUAAGUUAUUAGACACAUUAAUUUUGUCUGGUUCCAAAUCGAAUAUAAAUUUCAAUAAGACCGAUGACAUUUGUCUUAAAAAUUUAGAAAUUUCACAUUCAUAUAUUCAAAACCUUAGUUAUAUAGGCUUAAAUAAAAUGGAUAAAUUACAAUCUUUGGAUCUAAGUUACAAUAAUAUGACCCAAUUAGAAAAUGGCGGAUUUGCAGGUAUGAGUGAAAUUAUUUAUAUUGAUAUUAGUUACAAUAAAUUAAAACUUAUAGAACCUGGUGUAUUCAAGGAUAAUCAUAUGUUAAAUUUGCUUAAUAUUUCACACAAUAAUUUAUUGGUACUUAGUUACGGUGUACUCCACGGCUUGAUUAGUUUGAGAGUGCUUGAUAUAUCCUAUAAUUUGAUAAGCAACGUAGAAGCCGCACGUUUCAAUGCAGCGGAAAACUUAGAAGAACUUAUUGUAGAUCAUAAUAGAAUUUCAGAUAUUGCCAUUGAAGACUUACGCAGUACAAACAUAAAAAAAUUAAGCAUCGGUGACAAUCCACUGUCGUGUGAAAAAGUAAGGAAUUUAAAGAAGACUAGUGAUUCACUAUUUGUUAUUACUGCUUUAAGACUCGUUGAGGCCAAAGAGGAAAACAUAUAUGGCAUAACUUGUAAUUCGAACCAUCAAAAAUACUCACCGCACAAAAAUACAAACGUCAAGGAGAAAACACAAGAUACCAACUAUGAUUAUAAUGUAUUAACUGAAAUAAGAGAUAUUCUUCUAAAUUUAAAUGAUGAUAAAGAUCGAAGUGAAGGAAGAAUUAAAGAUGACAAUAUAUUGAAUGUCACAGAAUUAUUAAAAAGUUUGAACAUAAAUUAUAUGACUAAAAUCACUGAGUUAAGCAAUAGAACUUUAGAAUUAAACAAAGAACAGAAAUAUACUAAUACAUUUCUGGAAAGAAUAUUAAAGGUAGUUGUGGCAAUGAAUUCACUUAAUAAAACGUUAGCUGCACCAGUUAAAUUUAAUAUAACAUCUGAAAAUUUCAUUAAUUUUAUAAAUCAGUUAAGGCAAGAUUUCGACAAUGCCAUGAUAUUAGAUAAAGAAAAAAUCCUCGCUGAAGUAGACAGUAAAAUAAUAUUAAUAAAUAAACGUAUCGAGUCAGUAAUAACAACAACGCCAUCAGUGGUAAUACCCAAAAAUGAAAAAAUGACUUUAUAUAGUGAACCUAAAACAUCGAUAUUUGUUGAAACGUGUGUUGCUUUCAUUCUGUUGAUUUUAGUUUGUCUAGUUUUGUAUAAGGCAUAUAAGUCUAGAUUUUACAUUCCUCGUAGACGAUCUCUUAGUACUAGAACUAUACCUGAUGCUAUGGAUACAUCGAAUGUAUAAUACUGUCUUUUGGGAUACUACAAUUAUUUUUUUUAUAAAAUGUAUUUGUAAUCGUAUUAUUACAAUAAAUUGUACUUUAGAUGAUUUUAUUAUUUUAAUAAAAAUAUGAAAUAUA